ACACUUCGAUACCUAUCUAGCGACCGGAUCCUCCGUCAACAUAACGUCUUUCCGACCGACAUCUUCGACUUGGAUGACCUGGGUCUAGCUUGUUUGUCAGGCGGCUGCGUUUCAGAGUCGUGCCUUUGGGUCAGAAGUCAGUCUGGUAUCCUUUAUUCGACCCUUCCAAACGUCUCUUGUCGGCUCGAAUUCACAUAACACACUCCUUUGGAUACACGCACCACACGCUUGGUACACAUCAAUCAUUUCCGUAUAAACAACCUCGACCUCUGCUAAACAAUCCCUCACCGACUCGCAAGACGCACCCGGAUCGAUCUAGCCUAGCUUAUCGAUCAUGGCUGCCUUCCACCCUUCCCGAGACGCCCUCAGUUGCGGUUCAUCCCCGAUCAAUGGUCCUCUGGAAUUGCGGCAGCGAGAAUCGGCCUCUCCCGUCUCUUCUUACGGGGAUGAUGCCGACGAGCUGAUGGAGACCGACAAGGAGGACGAGUUGACGAGCGAGGUCGAUCGCAGUUUCAGCCAGACCUUGUCCGUCUCGGACGCCUUUGAGUCCAUGCCCUCGCCGCAGUCCAAACCAUACACGACCGCUGCCAACAAGAGGCACGGCAUGACAUUGCCCCGGAGGAUACCCUGUAUGCUACAUGGGGCGGACGAUGAUGACGACGAUGACGAGGGCGACGAAGAUGAUGAAGUGCAUGGGAACGGUUAUUUCGGAGCAAUGGCUCCCAUCUCUCCGACUGGCGGCGGGCGUUUUGCGAGGCGACCUGCUCUCGGGCAGGCUUCGAAAGCGAGAACGACUCAGUUGUCUUCCCGGCUAGGGCAGAUGCAACGACCGUCCGCUUUCUCUGCUGCAAACGCUAGACUGGCCAGGCCAGAAGAUCGUCCUCAGAGAGCUUUUGGACGAGAGUCGGGUCGGGAGAAUGUCGUCAUUCAAGAGCACCAAAACCAGACGCUGAGCCGACCAUCUCUCAAGGUGAACUCGAAAAGUCAGACUGAGAUCGGCUUCAAAGCGCCCAUGACAGCUCCUCUUUCCGGAACAUUGCGUGCGCCCGUACAAGAUGAGAACAAAGACUCCACUUUCAGGCCUCUUGCUGUCAAGUCGAGACCGCCUCUACCCACAUUCACGAUGACACAGAGACCGUCACCGAAAAGAGGGGAUUCUGCGCCGAUUUUCAGAGAUAGAGAUGUACAACCUAGCAGACAUGCUGUCAAGCGCAACGCCAAAUCCUUCGCCGACAACUCUAUGGAGAUCGACUCGCCUACACGACCGGGUCCGAUGCGGAUAAACGUGACGCUCGAAUCUCCCAAAGCUUCCGCUACACCAUUGACAGGUUCGCCUGGUCUGGGAGACUUUUUCGGAAGCGAUACGUCCCCGGACGGCAAAAUGCUUGAGGUCCGCGGUUCCCGCGAUGAGACUAUGAUCGGGAGCGGGACAGAGUCGUCUCCAGGAUCGGUCAUCGAUUCGCCCUCGAAUCCCAGGAUAGGGUUCAAUCCUGGCAGGGCGUUCGACAAGUCGUUUUCCUGCGGAGGUGCCGGACCGAACUCCCUUUACGGGAAUCGUGUCUCCACCAACCUAGCAUCGAGACGACGAGAGCCCUACCUCAAGAGACCCUUGCUCAUCGCGACGAACACGGCUCACGAGAUCCCCACCAACACGGGGACUGCCUCGGCUCUGCCAGUCAUGGACGGCAAGUCUGGUCAGCCUGCAGCCAUCUUUUCGUUGGCCAGGGUCGCUCGUGCUGGAGGACAACCGCCUAUGCGCCGAGCUCAUUCUGUCUGUCACGAAAGCGAAGGGGGUGAAGCCGGUCGCGAUCACGAUGACAACCUCCCUACUGCAGCCGGAAACCCGACAACAGGUAGGGUCGUGAGCCAUAUCGAGACUGGCACGUCUGGUCUACAAGCCAUUCACCACUUGGGCGGGCGACUCACGCCGGACAGUUUCGGUUCGAAUGAGGCCACGAGGUCACCGUACGCUCAAGCAGGAUUGUUGGGUUUCGGUGCCAACGAAAUGGAAGGCAAGGUUCUGCCGUGUCACAGCGUCAAAGAGGAUGGGCUUGUCAGGGUUACAAGAGAAACAGUUCGCGACUUGAUUGAAGGGCAUUACUCUGAAAAAAUCAGCCGAUACCACAUCAUCGAUUGCCGUUUCGGUUACGAAUAUGAAGGUGGACAUAUCGAUGGCGCCCUCAACGUUAACAGCAACGCCGCGGUCGAGGAUCUACUGCUGAAAGACGGUCAAGGUGUCCAUGCGCAAGGGCACGAACUGCCCCGACCUUCCCGCAGUGGCGAGGUUCAGGACAUACCACCAGCUAUUAUCAUCUUCCAUUGCGAGUUCAGUAAUAAGCGAGCGCCUGCAUUUGCCAAACACUUUCGGUCACGAGACCGUUCGAUCAAUCAACAAGAAUACCCGAAAGUCCAUUUCCCCGAACUAUACAUCCUCGAAGGAGGUUACUGCGAUUUCUUCAAGGAAUGUCCUGAAAAAUGCGAGCCUCAGGCGUACGUGCCCAUGGAUGAUCCUAAACAUUGCGAACGACGGGACAACAAUCUGCACGAUUUCCGCAAGUUCACUCGUACAAGGUCGUUUACGUACGGCGAACCCCAGCCGCCAGUGCGCCCUGCACAACCCUGUCAACCAUUAGCAUUCGCCCCCGCCAACGGCCUUCUGAACCGUCGAGUGACUUCUGUCAUGGAAGAAGAAGACGUCCACAUGACAUCGCCAGCCGCGCAGACCGCCAAGAAGUCCCUCAUGGAUUGGGAUAGCCCCGGAGGCAGCGUCGAUGGCAGCCCAUGUGCGAGAUAUCUCAACAACCCUCGACCCGGUCAAUUGGAUCAGCGGCCACAGGAACCCAUUUUCGGAUCGAUCAAGCAAAGGGCGGCCGGAGUGAGAGCCCUCGGCACCGCGCAGGGGAAAAGGAACUUUAACCGGACCGCCUCUUACGCUGGGCAUUCCAAUUUAUGAUGUUCGUAAUGUACGCGAGAUGCUCGGCGACCUGAACUUUCAAACACACCUUCUCGACUUUCGUCGCAACUGUAUCUUUAAUUUACCCACCCUUUCUUGCCUUAUGCUUGUC